AUGGGCGCUAUUUCCAUCGUCAACCGUACGCUGUGUCUCCUGUUCAUGGCAGGCACCACGCUGCUGCUGAUACUCAUUAUCCUGUCUGGCUCUACGACCAGCUUCCCAGUCAAUCGUUUCUACUGGCUCGAGGCCGACACCUCGGGCAUCACGGGCGCGCCCGACCAGAGCGCCCGUUGGACGUUCUGGGGGCUCUGCACACGUGACUCCAGCUCCGGCGACGUCACGUGUCCGACAUUGGCUCCCGCGUAUCCAAUCUCCCCCCGCGACAACUUUGGCUCCGCGCCCGCCAGCGAGCUGCCCACAAGUUUCGUCGACUCGCGCGCCACCUACUACUACUUGACCCGUUUCUCCUUCUGUUUCUUCUGGGUCGCGCUCGCCUUCAUGGGCGUUGCGUUCUUGCUCUACGUGAUUUCGUGGUGCUCCUAUGCCUUCACCAAAGUCGUGUUCAUCCUUGCCGCCGUGGGCGCUUUGUUUGACACCGCUGCCGUCAGUUGUCAAACCGCUGCCACCGUUAUGGCUCGCAAUGCGUUCAAACACUCCAAUCGUAGCGCCAGCCUCAGCGCCACGCUCAUGGGUAUCGCUUGGGCCAGUGUGGCUUGCUCUUUGAUCGUCUUUUUCGGUACCGGUGCUACCUUUAUUCGUCGCGCAUACCAGUCUCACAAGGAAUACGUUGAAAUGCAAAAAUACAAAGAACAGGCUCUUAUGUACCAGGGCAAACAAGAAGCUUUGCAACCCGACGUGGAAUCUUAUCCAAUUCGCGAUGGCGAUGCUGCGGCCGGUGUGGCUCCUCUAGGUGCUACUACCGAAACUCAACCUGAAACUCACCACAGCGGUAUCAAAUUCUUCAAGAUUAGAAGAAGUCAAAAGCCUGGUGAUCAAGAGAGUGUUUGA